AUUCACCACACCCCCCAUCUUCAUAAAAACCCCCACAAGAAUUCACCAUCUUUUAAUAAAAUUAAUUUCUCCUUUUUUUAAUUUUCCGGUCUGGGGAAUUGAAGGCUCCUCUUUCUCCGAAUUCAUCUACAUCGAGGGAUCUGGGCCGUCAUCGGAGAUGCUGGGGGUUUCCGGCCUGAUAAGCGGCUCGGGCGAUGGGGCCGCCGCAGCAGCGGAAGCUGCGGAGAGUGGCGGCGGUGCUGCCGCGGACAUGGGCGGCGAAGGGGGGUCGCUGCCGCCGAGCGCCUUCGGGGAGGCGGCUAGGCUGGAGGAGGGGGAGCGGAAUUCCGGCGGAAACAGGUGGCCGCGGCAGGAGACAUUAGCUCUGUUGAAGAUUAGGUGGGAUAUGGAUGUUGUUUUCCGAGACUCGAGCUUGAAAGGGCCGCUGUGGGAAGAGGUUUCCAGGAAAAUGGCGGAGCUUGGAUAUCAUCGAAAUGCUAAGAAGUGCAAGGAGAAAUUCGAGAACGUUUACAAGUACCACAAGAGAACAAGGGACGGCCGGGCCACCAAGGCCGACGGCAAGACCUAUCGCUUCUUCGAUCAGCUCGAGGCUUUCGAGCAUUCCCCGUCGCCGGCUCUUCCGCCGCCGCCUCCUCGGCCGCUGUUGACCGCUCCUCCUCCGCCGUCUCAGCAAUUGCAAGUGAGUACUACGAAUUCCAAUGCAAAUACUAAUCCAGCCACUUCUGGCAACCCGCCUGCCCAAGUUACUGUUCCAUCGGCGCAAAACCCAUUCGGGGUUCAGAAUCCGGGGAGUUCUCCGACGUUUCCGCCGCCGUCGCAGGCGAGAUCGGCGCAGGUGUCGGUGCCACCGAACAAUGCGAGCGCAGUGUUUCCUGCGCGUAGUGGUGGUGCUCCGGGGAGUCCGUUUUCGGAUUCCACCUGGUCUUCUACAUCUUCCGACGAGGAUAUGCAGAGACGGCACCGGCGGAAGAGGAAGUGGAAGGAUUUCUUCGAGCGGCUGAUGAAGGACGUGAUCGAGAAACAGGAGGAGCUGCAGAAGAAGUUUCUGGAAGCUCUGGAGAAGAGGGAGCGGGAUCGGAUGGUGAGGGAGGAAAGUUGGAGGGUGCAAGAGAUGGCCAGGAUGAAAAGGGAGCACGAUCUCCUCCUCCAAGAAAGAUCUAUGUCGGCGGCCAAGGACGCCGCCGUGCUUCAGUUCCUACAGAAGGUCUCCGAACAUCACAAUCUUGAAAUUCCCAUCCCCAUCAGCAACUCAACUCCUCCACCUCCCCACGUCCCGCCGGAAAGUAUUCCAACGCCGACACAGCCUCAUCCUCCACCACCUCAAUCUCAGCAUCCGCCUCCUCAAGGCCCAGAGCCCAUAUCAGUGGCGCCGCCGGCCACAACGCCGUUCCCGAUUUCAUCUCCCACUACCCCUUCCGUUACAAACAAGAUCUUAGAAGUUUCCAAACAGGACGACAACAAUGCAAUCACUGUCAUGGAGAAUUACAGUCCGGCGAGCUCGUCGAGGUGGCCCAAGACGGAGGUACAGGCGUUGAUCACUCUCCGGACAAAUCUGGACACCAAGUACCAAGAAAGCGGCCCAAAAGGGCCGCUCUGGGAGGAGAUAUCUGCAGGGAUGAAGAGGCUCGGGUACAACCGGAAUCCAAAGAGGUGCAAGGAGAAAUGGGAGAACAUCAACAAGUACUUCAAGAAAGUGAAGGAGAGCAACAAGAGAAGACCGGAAGACUCAAAGACUUGCCCCUACUUUCACUUGCUGGACGCAAUCUACAAGGAGAAAGCCAUGGGCAGUCCCGGCGGCGGCGGCUCGGCAGCAUUCAAACCGGGCAACACCCAGAUGGUGCCCAUCAUGGCACAGCCGGAACAGCAAUGGCCACAGCCGCCGCCGGAGCACCGCCACCCGCAGCAACACGAGAGCGACAACAUGGACGAAGACGGGGAAGAUGACGAGGACGACUAUGACGACGAAGACGGGGGAGGUUACGAGAUAGUGACGAACAAACAGCAGCAGCAGCACCACCAGCAUCAGGCGGCGACCGGCACAGCGUGAGUUGAGGAAAUGUACGUAGAUGCGUCGGAGGACAUGACCGGUGAGGGGAGAAUAAUGAGAGAGUUUGAAAGCUAAUCUAUCAUCAUAUUGAUUCAUUAUAAUCAGUCAGGCAUUGGGAAGAGGCCGGGAGUAAGUGGGUCAACUGAUAAUAAUUUGCAGACUUUGUCAGAGGAAGAUGAAGAAGAAUGUGUGGUGGGGUGGGGGUGGGGGUGGGGGUCAGAUCCGAAUUUCCUCCGCCGGGUUGGGUUUCUGAAGCGGUGGCGCGGUGGAAUUGUAUAUGUGCACAGGCGGCCUCAAUAUCAUAUCAUCAUCAAGGUUCAUACUUUUCCUGAGUGUUUAUUUUAUUUUUAUUUUUAUUUAUUUUUUUGUGUAAAACCAGAAAGACGGAGGGAGAAGGUCAUGUGGUUAAAGGUCAUUAUAAUUGGGUAGUUUUUUUUCGCUAUAAGUUUUUUUUUAAUUUUCAUUUCAAAAUUUAUUUAUUAUUUCCUAAUAAGGUUAGUUUUUAUUUAGGGGACAUAAAAACUAUAUUUGGGGGGAAAGAGACUCCGAGAAAAAUAAAUAAAUGCACAUUUUCAUUUGUAACUUUAUAAUUACUCUUUUGUAAAACGGAAACUUGUAUUUUUUUAUUAUUUAUUCGCUGUUUGGAUGUAAAUGUGAGAAUUGCAAAUUGAAUACU